AUGAGAGAAUUAGAAUUUGAAGUUGGGGAUCAUGUUUUUGUCAAAGUCACUCCAAUGAAAGGGCACACAAGAUUUGGGAAAAAGGGGAAAUUGUCACCCCGAUAUAUAGGGCCAUUCCAAAUUUUAGAAAGAUUGGGUCCGGUUGCCUAUCAGAUUGCUUUACCACCACGCAUGGAGCAAGUGUAUAAUGUAUUCCACGUAUCAAUGUUGCGAGGCUACCUUCGGGAUCCAGCUUAUAUUAUUGACUAUCAAGAGAUUGUGCUAGAUGGCGAUAUGGUUUAUAAGGAGAAACCUAUCCGAAUCCUUGACCGGCAAGUCAAGCAACUAAAGAAUAAGACUAUCCUAAUGAAACACAUAGUUCAUAGGUUUGGCUUGCCACAAACAAUUAUUGUCGAUCAAGGGACAGUGUUUGAUGGUGAUGAAGCAAUAGAGUUUGCCAAAGAAUAUGGCAUUCAAAUGUUGAACUCAUCUCCAUAUUAUGCCCAAGCAAAUGGUCAAGCAGUGUCAUCAAACAAAACAAUCAAAGUGACAUUGAGUAAAGUGAUAGAAGACAAUCCAAGAGAUUGGCAUGAGUUAUUAUCUGAGGUUUUGUGGGCAAACAGGAAUUCAAAAAAGGAUAGUAUCCAAGCAUCCCCUUAUGAAUUAGUUUAUGGCCAUGCUGCAGUUUUACCUUUAGAAGUGACAGUAAAGUCUAGUAGGGUGACUAAGCACUAUGACAUUCCUAUUAAUGAGUAUGUGGAGGCCAUGUUCAUAGAGUUACAGAAUGUGGAGUGCAAAAGGAUUGAUGCCUUUGAUUGUAUGGUGGCUCAAAAGAAAAAGAUUGAGAGAGUAUUGUAG